CAUGGAUUUGAUACCGUCCGGCAGACAGACCGCUGAUGGCGGUCACACACGGCAGGUACUUCACUCCGUUAACGUUAUCUGUCCUCGCGAUGUCGUUAAUAAUGUACUCGGUGCAGCUGUGUCGAGCGCGUGCCUCUGAUCCUUAUGGCAGAACGAUCAUAUAGAUACGAGAGGGAAGUUUACCUCCAGCAACCUGAGGAUAGAGGCGGUCCAGGCGGAUCAUUGCACGGCGGUUUGUAGGCUACGGCAUGAUACUGUGAGGCCGCUGCAUGAGGCAGCCUGGACAAACAUGAUGGAGGAGGCUGCCAGUCAGCUCGAGAGAGACCAUGUUCACAGUGUCUACGACAAGAUCGCUCCAUAUUUCAACGACAGCCGUUAUAAAGCCUGGCCGAAGGUCCGACAGUUCCUGCUGGACCUGCAGCCGGGGAGCAUCGUGGCUGACAUUGGUUGUGGCAAUGGCAAGUAUCUCCACAUCAACAAGGAGGUGUUCAAGCUGGGAUGCGAUGUCUGUCGCCCCCUGGUGGACUUUGCGUGGAGCCAAGGACACGAGGUCCAGAUGUGCGACGGGCUGCAUCUGCCUUACAGAGACAGCUGCUUUGACGCUGUGCUCUCUAUUGCAGUCAUCCAUCAUUUGUCCACCAAAGAACGCCGUAUUCGAGCAAUAAAGGAGAUGGCUCGCACCCUGCAAGUGGGCGGACGGAUCAUGAUCUACGUGUGGGCCAUGGAGCAGAAACGUCGUAAAUUUGAGAAACAGGACAUCUUCGUUCCCUGGAACCCCAACCCUCAUUCGCCCUCCGACAUGGAGAACGCCAAACCCAGGAGGAGGGCCACAGCUCAGAGUGUGAGCGAAGCCAUAGACAACGCUGACAAGCACAGGAAGGUAAGAAGCACAUCCUCCGUGGCAGACGAGGAAGACCUGACCUGCACCACGCCACAGCAGAGCACACAGAGACUGUGGUUCUUCUCCAGGUCUCUGGAUUCUGUGUUCGACUUUGGAAGCUUAGCCAUCUCCCGGUCGUCCUCCAGAGACCUUAGCAAUUUAUCUUCACCCACAGGUGAAAACGAGGGGAACAAGGCGAGGCAGUGGGGGAGAGGACGAGGCCUCAUCAAACAGGUCUCGAGCUUCUUUUCCCCACCGUCUGUGAUCGGAUCGGAGGAGGAUGUCUUUGACUCAGUCACAAACCUGCACAAGGGACAAAAUGAUCCUGGAGGCAACAACAACAACGGCGGCAUAGAAAACCAGAGUGUCUCUGUAUCAUUAGCCCAGGAGUGUGGCUCUCUGGCCCUGCCAGAUUUGGUCCCUUUCCAGAAGGAGCACCUAAAGCAGCCUGGCGAUGAAAGUGCAGGAGGGCUGCGGGGAAAAGAGCAGCAUGAAAGCACAAGGAGUCCUCCGGGGAGCGAGGGGCAGGUGGAGGGCUCCUGCUUGAGGUACUAUCACGUCUUUAGGGAGGGAGAACUGGCAGAGCUGAUAGAGAAUCAUGUUGAAGAGCUUCAUGUCAAACACACCUACUUUGAUCAUGCCAACUGGUGUGUGGUGGCAGAGAAAGUUCUUUUAUGGAAAAUAUGAUUUUUUAAAACUUAUUUUUAAUUUUUGCAUUAACUCUGCCUCAAGUUUUAGCACUGAGUCAAACAUGUGAAUAUUAUUACAUUCUUGUGACUACAAAGUGAAUAUACAAAUGUAGCCAUUGUUAAAGGUACACCAAACACUAAACUACUCGCCCGCUGCAAGGCUCUGCUUCACUGUUUGGUAAAUGUGAUUUAUUAAUAUUGUGUUAGUUUCUGGUAGAACCAGCUGUGUGACAGACCUAUCCAUAGCUAGCAUUAAAUGUAAGUUUACAUGGCAUCGCUUUAAUGAUUUUGCAGCAGCAGUAUUGUGGUGAUCAACAAUGGCUAUCACUGUAUCCUAUUCCACAUUUUUUAAGUAUUUAUUCUGUCACUACAUGAAACCAACAAGCAGUAUCCAGAUAUCCAACGUGUGUGCAUUCUCUUUUAGUAUCAAUAAUUCAUUUUUAUUAUCAAACCACAGCGAGCUCCAGAGCCGCUAAUGAUUUUAACUCUUUUUUUUUAAAAGAGCAUUUCUUCAAGAGAGAUGUUUCUCUGUUUGGACUUUUAAUAUUGGCCAAAGAGGAAUUUGUGAGAAUACUGUACACUCUUCCACCUGCUGUUAAAUGUUUUCAUUUAUUGAUUACAGUGGAUUACAGUAAUUCUUUGUGUCUGCCUGUGUUACAAUUACACGUUCCUUUACUCUGAAUAUAAGCUAAACGUGCAGCAAGUAUCCAUCAUGGACUUCUUGGUGAGACUGUGUAAACUGCUCUUGUGUAAUCUAUCAUAAGAAGAGCUCAAAGUUGUGCAGAAUAUCUUCCAAAACAUUUGUGCAGUUUUGUGUUUCACAGAAGGUGUUGCCAGUGUGCGUGUGAUUGAUGUUUGUAAUAGUUGUUUACUGUAUUGUGUUGAAGUAACGAGCUGAACUAUACCCCUGGUAUGUUUCAGCAAAUCAACUGCCUCGUAUACUGUGAAUUAACAUUGCACUGUACCACAAAUAUGUCGCUGCUUGAUGUCAGAGAAUGACAUAAAAAUAGGUGAAAUUUGAAACAUACUAAUGUACCUAUUUAUGCCAAGGACUGUGCAUAUCUUUAUCAGUACAGUAUGUGUGGACCAACUGUUUGUUCUCAAGUGACACUGGUACCUUAAUGGCUUAUGUGACCUGAUGUAAAUACAUGUGAGUUUUAUUUUGUUUUUCCUUAUUAAAUAUUUUUGUUCAUGUA